AUGCACCGGCCGCGACUUGCAACGCAACAAUGCUUAAAUGCGCAAGAGUAUGAGACGAGCAGUACAGGAUCAAGGUCGUCCAGCAAACCUCGAGUGCUUCAAUGUCAAGCGCACGCCUGGGUCGAAGGAGGGAGGGAGAUGAAAGGAGGUGCGCAGGUCGACAAGUUGGUGGCCGAUGCGCGGGGACGAGUAGAGAAGGUUCGAAUUCGAGAAUUUGGAGAACGAGACAGGACGUCUGGACGGUGGAAGUGUGGUGGAUGGAUGGAUGGAUGGGGGUGUUGGCGGAAGGGCAAGGUUGAAGACUGUUGGCUCGCCUUGGGGUGUCAGCGCAUGCGAAAAGCGGGUCCAGCAGGUCCAGAAAUAGCAGCGCAAAAGCGGGCGGCAACGUGA